CUCCCCGAACGAUGAUCAUCACACUGCGGGCUCUCUUGGAACAGGGGAGGACAUUUUUGGAUGCACAGAAAGUAGUAAUUGAAGAAUUAGUCAUGAACAGAAACAAGAGAGACAGAGACUUCUACAGUCUCGAUGUUGGGGAUUCAACAUUCACAGUGCUCAAGCGAUACCAGAAUCUAAGACCAAUUGGAUCCGGAGCGCAAGGAAUCGUCUGCUCUGCUUAUGAUCAAACCCUUGAACGAAAUGUUGCCAUCAAGAAGCUGAGUCGACCGUUUCAGAAUCAGACCCAUGCCAAGAGGGCGUACAGAGAGCUAGUCCUAAUGAAAUGUGUCAAUCACAAAAAUAUAAUUGGUCUAUUAAAUGUAUUUACUCCGCAAAAAUCAUUAGAAGAGUUCCAAGAUGUCUACUUGGUUAUGGAGCUGAUGGAUGCCAACCUGUGCCAGGUCAUUCAAAUGGAGCUGGACCACGAGAGGCUGUCCUAUCUGCUCUAUCAGAUGUUGUGUGGUAUCAAACACCUGCACUCUGCUGGGAUCAUCCACAGGGACCUAAAACCCAGUAAUAUAGUUGUCAAGUCUGAUUGUACACUGAAGAUUUUGGACUUCGGCUUGGCUCGGACGGCUGCCACCGGCCUCCUGAUGACACCGUAUGUGGUUACACGCUACUACAGAGCACCUGAAGUUAUUCUGGGUAUGGGCUACCAAGCUAAUGUGGACAUAUGGUCUGUGGGCUGCAUUCUGGCAGAAAUGGUUCGCCAUAAAAUCCUCUUCCCAGGAAGGGACUAUAUUGACCAGUGGAACAAGGUCAUUGAGCAGCUCGGCACUCCAUCUCAGGAUUUUCUAAUGAAGCUGAAUCACUCAGUGAGAACGUACGUCGAGAACAGGCCACGGUACUCUGGGUACAGCUUUGAGAAACUCUUCCCAGAUGUGCUCUUCCCCGCUGACUCGGAUCACAACAAACUGAAAGCGAGCCAAGCCAGAGAUCUUUUAUCCAAGAUGUUGGUGAUUGAUGCAUCCAAGCGCAUCUCUGUAGACGAAGCCCUGCAGCACCCUUAUAUUAAUGUUUGGUAUGAUCCAGCUGAGGUGGAAGCACCUCCUCCAAAGUUCUCAGACAAACAGCUGGAUGAGAGAGAGCACACAGUGGAGGAGUGGAAAGAGCUAAUUUAUAAAGAGGUGAGCGAAUGGGAGGAAAGAACAAAAAAUGGAGUGAUAAGAGGCCAGCCGUCUCCAUUAGGUGCAGCAGUGAUCGAUAGCCCUCCUCAGCCUAAGUCCUCCUCCUCUUCCUCCUCCUCCUCUUCAGCCAACGAUGUUUCGUCCAUGUCCACCGAGCCCACCGACCCCAUCAGCGACCCCGCCAUGGGCUCUGAAACAGAUAGCAGCUUGGACAGCCACACCUCGCUGGGUGCUCUGGCCUGCUGCAGAUAACUACAUAUUCACACAAGCACACAUGCUACACGCUAAAAUAAAAUAAAAAAAUAAAAACUUCCUCAUCGGUAUAAGUGAUGGGAGAAGAUUUAGGCAAGUGAAACUCAUGUUAGUUUAUAGAGCUGUGAUUUUACUGUACAGUUUGUUUUUAUGUUCCCCUCCUUCGCGGCUGUAAAUUAUCGUGGUUUGAAAUUGUAUCAUAAUUCUUGUAUUUUUGCUGCAGAGAAUCAGAGGAUACGUUGGUGUGAAACUGUGAUGUAUGAGAUGA